AAUCCGGCCGUUCCUCCCACCCUCUCUUCGUCCUCUCCCUGUCUUUCUCCCACUCUCCGAAGCACAAGACAGUUACAGUGUGCGUGUAACGCAGAUCCCUCUGUGAUCACAGAUCUCUCCGUCAUCAACAACCGAGUCGCGCAACCUCAUGACUCAGCCUUGAUCGCCUGCCCUACCUCUGUUCUCCGCCCCCAAUGGCGCGGCUCAAACUCGCGAUCCCAGUCCUCUGCCUCGCAUUCACCGUCGUUCAUUCCAUCCGCUUCGAUCUCCGAUCGGGCGCCAUGAAGUGCAUUGCCGAGGAUAUCGCGGCCAACGCCAUGGCCGUCGGCCACUACGCCAUUAUCAACCCUAUCGACAGCAGCCCCGUCCCCAAAUCCCACAAUAUCACUUGUCAUGUGACUUCGCCUCACGGGGCCGAUUAUCACACCGGGAAAAAUGUGAUAUCUGGGAAUUUUGCGUUUACGGCGUUCGAGGCAGGUGACUAUAUGGCUUGCUUCUCGGGGCUGGACCAAACUCUGGAGACGACGGUGACGAUCGAUUUCGAGUGGAAAACAGGGGUCGCUGCCAAAGACUGGUCUAAUGUUGCCAAGAAAGGACAGAUUGAGUACAUGGAAUUUGAGUUGGCGAAGAUGUAUGACACUGUUUCAACCAUUCAUACUGAAAUGUUCCAUCUUCGAAUGAGGGAGGAAGAAAUGCAAGGACUUAAUAGAUCAACAAACACCAUAAUGGCUACUCUUGGAUUCUUUUCACUUUUGGUUUGCUUGUCAGUUGCUGGUCUGCAGCUAUGGCAUUUGAAGUCAUUCUUUGAGAGGAAGAAGCUCCUCUAAUUUUUGGUUCUUAGCAGAAUAUCCUGUUCAACUAUUUUUUUCAGCUGUGGGAUAUGGAUGCUCAUCAUUUUUAUUUAUUUAUUAAUUGUUUAGAGGUCAAAUAGUCAAGAGCCAUUGAUCAUUUUAGUUUGUCACUGAUACUGCAGGCCAGCAGGCCCCCGAUAGAUGCUUAAAACUCCUACUUAUAAGUUAUAACCCAACACUUUGAUCACAAAAUUACUGACAUUGUUUAAA